AUGUUGCGUUUAUAUUUUUGUUCAGUAUAAUAACAUACUGUAUGUGCCUAUAGGUUGGCUUCUCCAGUUAUCUGUGAUCUCAGUCUCCCAGACAAGCAGUAAUGUAAUGAUCACCACUCGCAUCAUUAUAACAUGGUCUUAUUAAGAGGAAAAAAGACAGAAAUCAAUACAGGAUACCUUUAGCAGCGGUGGUGAAAACGAGGGAGAGGCGGUUGGGAGGAAGGAUGGAGCGAGGGAGCAGAGAGAGAGAGCAUGAGGGAGGAGGGGGUGGGGGGUAAGGUGGUGGUAAUGUGUGAGUAGCGGGUGCUCUCUCGCUUCACUGUUGCAGCCAGCGUAGUGGCAGCUCGCUAGAAUACUGGAGGGAGCCGGGUCGAGUGAGCUAUUGGGGUUCCCAAAUAUCUGGGACAAACAGGCAGACAGAAAGACACACAGGCGGAUGGACGGAAAGAUAGGCAAGUGCUCCGACAAGAACCAGAAACGUAACGGAUAUUCAGCUUUCUUUCUAUGUUGUUUCCGUUCUUUAUUUAUUUAUUUGACUUUAUUGAUUUAUUUAUCGAUUGAUUGCGUUUUAAUUACUGCCUUGUGACAGGGAGUGAGGGAGGAGGAGCGUAGGCCAAGCGGGCACGUUGGGUAGCCUUUCCAAAUGUUUAUUUAUUUCAGUUGAUUAGCUUAAUGCGGUGAUUUUACAUGCAUUUUAAACACGAUUCGCUGCUUUGUAGCCUGCGUAUGGGUGAAUGUGUGUGUAUAUAGCCUACAUGUGAGGGGCAGUGAGAGAGUGCGAUCAGCUAUAAACCAAAUAAAGUAGAUUAACCAAAAAUAACAAAUCCAAAUAGACCACAAUAAUUGUUGGACUUUACGCACGCCAGCGUGACUCGGGUUUCGUCUGUUUUUAUUGUAAUAUUAUCAAUUUUAUUUACCAGCGCAAACCAAAGCUAAGAAACGAGCGACUGUUACGGUGUCUGUUCUCACGCCUGUCGAUAGGAAAACAGUUGGCUAACAUUGAGACUAUGUUAAUAUAAACGCAUACAUGAGAAAUAGAACGAUUAGACUAUUGUAUGGUUACUUACAGUUUGCCACGGCAUACGUGCGAGACAGGAGCCAAACUCUGGACAUAACCACAGGCUUAUAAUAAAAGUAUGAUUACUAUAUUAGUCCUGAUAGUUUUCUUCUGAUAUAGUAGUGGGAGUUCAGUUGUGGUUCUAUCCGUCUGUGUGUUGGGUCUGGGCUGUUUCCUUAGCCUGAUUAGCUGCACACUCAAGGGAGCACCACAUAUAUAUAUAUGUUUUAUGCACAUUUACACCCAAAAUCCUGCCGAAGAGAAACAGACAUCCAACAAUGUAAAUAGAGCUAUCCAGCAUAGCCUAGAUGUGUACGCGCCAUCAACUGGUAAGCUAAACAACGAAUGUUCUAAGUUUUCGAUACCAAAUAUAUUUCAAACGGACAAAGAUACACAGAAGAGGAAACAUCUUGUCACAAUAUUACUGAAAAAUUCUAUUAAACAAAACCAGAAGACGGAGGAAGAUCAUGUUUGUUCCCUUGCCGGUGCCGUUCAUGUUUCAGAGAACUGCACCUGACCUCAACGCCUGGCGUCUCAAGUCCCCGUUGGCUCUACGUUCCGACUCCGAAAUCAGGAUGUCAAAGCCAGUUGAGGUUGAGAACACAGUGGCUGACUCUCCAAUGGAGAGCACAGACUCAGAGAGGAAUGGUCCUGACUCAAAUCAUCAGCUUCAGCAGAUGAAAAUCAGUCCCUUUCACCUUUCUCCAACCCUCAGCAGCAACAAGAAUAAGAUGGAAGAAUGUGGUGAGAUGUCCCCGGGCCCUCCUCCCCACCACAGCCAUGCCCCCUCACAGACGCCCCUCCCACACACACAGCUCAUGCUGACUGGCUCCCAACUGGCAGGGUUGACAGCUCUCUUGCCGGCUCAGCAGCAGUUGUUACUGCAGCAGGCUCAGGCUCAGCUUCUAGCUGCAGCUGUGCAGCAGUCUGUUCAGCAGUCCAACGCAGCUCACGCAGCUCACGCAGCUCACGCAGCUCAUGCAGCCCACGCAGCCGCCCAAGCCAAUCAGCAAGCUCAGGCAGCCGCAGCAGCCAAUCAACAUGCCCAGCAGCAGCAGGCGGGACAGACAGGGCAGCAGGGCCAAUCACAGCCCCAGGGACAGAGCACACAGGAACAGACAGGUCAACCUGUCCCUGUCCCGCCCACUCAUCCCCAGCUCACCCUCUCUCAGCCAAUUCAGCUCACCGCCCAGGACAUCCAGCAGUUGUUGCAGCUGCAGCAGUUGGUUCUGGUACCAGGACACCACCUGCAGUCUCCUCAGUUCCUCCUCCAACAGCACCAAGGGCAGCAAGGACUGCUAUCAACACCAAAUCUGAUUCAGCUACCUCAACAAAACCAAGGGAGCCUCCUGUCCGCUCCCACCAGGCUGGGGCUCCAAGCACAGAGAGACAAGGCUAUGGAGGGCAGUGGGGUCAUGACCUCUGUGUCCUCUGUGACCUCUCACCCCGAGGAGCCCAGUGACCUGGAGGAACUGGAGGUGUUCGCCCGCACCUUCAAACAGAGACGCAUCAAACUGGGCUUUACACAGGGUGACGUGGGAAUGGCCAUGGGGAAGCUAUAUGGGAAUGAUUUCAGCCAGACCACCAUCUCUCGCUUCGAGGCCCUCAACCUGAGCUUUAAGAACAUGUGUAAACUCAAACCACUACUGGAGAAGUGGCUCAAUGAUGCAGAGACCAUGUCCACAGACAGUACUAUGCCAAGCCCCAGCUCUCUGUCCUCUUCCUCGAUGGGCUUCGAGGGCCUGCCGGGCCGACGCAGGAAGAAGAGAACCAGCAUCGAGACUAACGUCCGCGUGGCCCUGGAGAGAGCCUUCAUCACGCAGAACCAGAAGCCUACCUCAGAGGAGAUCCUGUGUAUCGCGGACCAGCUCAGCAUGGAGAAGGAGGUGAUCCGCGUGUGGUUCUGCAACCGCCGCCAGAAAGAGAAGCGUAUCAACCCCAACAGUGCCACCCCUCCCUUGCCCAGCCAGCCCCCCCCAAGCCCCACCGACGCACAAACCCCCCUGCUACAGCCCACACAUGAUGUCCAGUCAGCUGUCCAGUCAGCUGUCCCAGGCAGUGACCAGCCUCAGCACCACAUUGACCACCAUGUCAUCGUUCUCCCCUCUGAUCCCCAGUGGUCCCACCCACUCAUCUCUCAGCUCCGCCUCCUCUCCAGUGACUCCUCCUCCUCCUCGCAGCACAGCCAGCCCAGCCCCUCCCAGCCACAGCACACUGAGUCUCAACACAGGCUUAUGGCGUAUGGGUAAAAAGAAUGGUGACGUGUCUAACUACAUCACCGAUUUUGCUGCAAACUUGAGGAACACUGUGAUGGGAGUAAACACAGGGAACCAGGCUCUGAACCAAGCUCUCCUCAGCAACAACCCUCUGGCUACUAUACAAGCCCUAGCAGCCAGUGGUGGCCAGCUGCCCCUUUCCAGUCUUGAGGGGGGCAGUAAGGUGUUGCUGGGUGGUGCAGGGGGGCAGGGAGGGGGUCUCCAGUCCUCCUUCUUCCUCAACCACCCAGCUUUCCUCCACAUGGGCCAAAAUCCUGGUGCUGGAUUGAUCAGCGCUGCCGUAGCCAAAGCAUCCCAGCCCUCCCCUUUCCCCUCCACCAGUAGCAUAAGCCCCACCCCCUGCUCCCCCUCCCCUUGCUCCAGCCCCGCCUCUUCCUGCGACUUCGAUGAAUUGGCACACAGCCCAUCCUCAUUGGGAGGGGCUAAGAUUGAGUGACACAGCCAAGCGCCAAUCAGAGAGGAGGAGGAGAAAGGAGGAAACGACAACCUCGCCUUUCAACCAAAGCUAUCUCUUUUAUCACUCUCUCUCUCUCUCUCUCUCUCCCCCCGUCUUUCAAUGCCAAAAAUACACAGAAUGAAAGAGAGGAGAGGGGGGGAGUCAGAAGUGAAAAGGGGGAGAAGGGGGUAAAGAGGAAGAUUGAAACCAAAAAUCUUUAUCUAUCCAAAGUGAUGGAGGAGGCAUCGUGGGACUGUUUAGUCAAUACUGAGUGAUAUCGCACUUCUCCUUUCUGUCUCUCUUUCUUUCCCAGGAAAAUAAACCAAUGACAAUUAACAGGAGUAGAGAUAUGCGUCGAAUCGUGUGAACCAAAAAUUACAAAAAUAAACAUUACUGUGUGUUUUUGGGGAAUGGUGGCAAGGACAGAUAAAAGAAGUGGACGAUUUUCUUUGAAAAGCUGCAGGUCUGAAAGAGGAGGAGAUGGGAGGAGGAUUUUAAACCAAAAAUGUACCUGAGGAGGAGAAGAGGAACGAACCCACAACGACAAAAAAACAACAACCAUACCAAUAUCCCAGAAACCAAAAAUACGGAAGGAAAAGCUUUAUCCAAACGACUUGUACAUACUGAUCCUAUCCAGGACCAGCACUCUGCCACACACACACACACACACACACACACACGAUAUCCACAGCCGAUCACAUUCAUCCAUCCAUCUGAUCAGUCAUCCACCCAUCAUGUCUGUCACUCACUUUCACUGCAAUUAUGUUGUUUCUGUGGGAUAUUUUAGAUUGUUAUAAAUGGUUGAUACUGAACGAGCCAAGCUUACAGGUGUGUAGUUUGUGUUUUCCUACCACUGCUUCUUUAAGUAUUGUAUCCUAUCUCCCCCUUGCUUUCCAAUAGUUGGAGUCUGUCAUCGUCAUCAAUAUCAUCAUCUUGUGCCAUUUACUUCAUGUUGUCAGAGAUAAUAAGAGACAAGAGGGAACAAGGGAUCAGGCUUAGUGUAGCAGUUUCCAGCCUUGAUAAAAACCUCUCUCCGUAAUUACUCACAACAAAAUGACUCACUUGAUGAAAUAAUAUUAGACUUAGACUCAAUGUAGUCCUUGUGAAUGGCCAAUCCACCAUGGUGACAGUAUGAAAUUGAGCAUGAUUGGAGAUUUAAACUAGUAACAUUGAGGCAAGAAAGAGGUAAAUUAAUAAAAAUGUUAGUUUAGUCAUGGACAGGUCUGUCUUACCUUGUCAAUCAGCCAUCUGUCUCGACACGCAGUAGAGAAACAGAGAUCAAAACCUGUUUAAUGUUUAAUAUAUGUUGUUUUUAUUGUUCAUCAUCCCUCCAUCCAUCCCAUUUUCACUGUCAUUUUCCACCCUGCCAUUAUUACACGUUUAAACCAAAGCAUUUGUUACUCUUCAGAGGAGUCAGCCAUGACAUUAACACUCACAUACUGUAGGGGUUGGGGACACACCCUACCCCUCCCGCUGAACCCCCCUAGUUGACCCCUUCCAUCUCCUUAUGCCCGAGAGGGUCACUUCAAAAGGACAGAACACUCACCCAACAUUAAAGGGGUGCAUACGGGGAGGGGAUCGGAGGGUGCGAUGGGAUCAAACAUACAGAAAGAGGGGAUGUCAAGUUUUUGUAAGAGGAUACCAAAAAUACAAACCAAAAACGUCAGAAACAAACCAAAAAGAAACACAACCAAAUAUGUAUGGGGGGGGGGAUGAGGGGAGGAGGACAAGUCUAGGUUUUUACAGACUGGAGCUGACACCUCUGUCUGUUAUCCAACUAACUGGGCUUCAGUGGCCCUCUCUAAACUGUGUAGCACAGCUGGACAGAUGAAUGGAUAGAUUGAUGGAUAGAACGGACAGAUUCCCUCCCUCUCCCCUGUCUUUCUUUCACUCCAAACUCAGCUCUUCUUCUCUGGUCCUGGAUGGAGAAAUCUCUAAUGACCUCAUUGAACUGAAUCUUCUAAGUCAGUUUUUUACAUUUUUCCUGUUUGUUGGUUUAUUUUGUAUUUUAUUUGUUUGCUGUGUCUCUUGAAGCUGUUUAUGUGCUGUUCUUUAGUGCUUACUCAUUUGGGAUAAUAACGUAUUCACUUAUUACAACAGCUCCUUAUUUUUUCCUAGUUGUUCUAGAGAUUUUAUCAGGUGGUUGGAAAAAUACUGUGAAAAUUUUGCUUCCAGAUUUUUAUUAGAUAAAAAAAAAAACUGACUGUCUUCACAGAAAAAAGACGCAGAAAAAGUCCAAAACAAGAGUUGCAAAGCUAAACGUGCAAACCAAACCAAACCAAAUACCAAACCAAACCAAAUACCAAACCAAACCAAAUACCAAACCAAACCAAAAAGGCAGGAAGAAACUAGAGAUGGUCCAACUGCCGUCCCUGUCGUUGCAUUAGGGCUCAUACUUAUGAUUGUGUCAAUUUAUCUGAAGUGUGUGCGUAUGUGCGUUGUGUGAGGGUGUGAUAUUGUGUAUGUGUGUGUGAUGUGUGUACACGCACUAUAGAAAGAAUUCAGUGGAGUUUACAAAGAUGUCCUCUCUUGCACAUUUACCCCCGUUAUCACAAACACACAAACACACUCGUACUUUACACACACUCGUACUUUACACACAUACGCACUUUUACACACACACACACACACACACACACACACACACACACACACACAUACACACUCACACAUACACACUUCGGCAAAAAUUUACAGUAGAGUUUAAAAUGCAUCCAAAGAGUAUUUGGUUUGACACACAGAAAUACAGUUGUCAAAUGAGAAUCCAUAAUGAAUGAAUCUAUUUUAGAUGUGGGGGUUCUAACCACGAGGUGAAACCUUUCCUCAACAUUAACUCUUAGACGGAAUGUAUCUGUUAGUGCUUCUAUAGAUUUUGUAGAAAAAAAGAUCUAUGUCCUAAUGCUUACUUAUUGCUAAUGUAUUGAAAAACAUACAAAAAAUAUCUUAAAAAAACAUUGAUGAUAAUAAUGACUUGAUUUUAGACCAAAAAUGUUACUCUCUCUUGAUAUAUAUUUGGUUUAUUUUUCUUUGUCGAAUCAUUUAGGACUUUUGAUUGAUUGUACUAUUUAUUCAUCUUAAGUUUGAUUGAUUUAAGCUUAUAUUGAUUUCUUCUAACUAUUUAUUUGUUUAUUUAUUUAUUCUAGAGUCUUUUUACAGGGGACAUAUUUUGGAGUAUAUAUUUAGAAUAUAUAUUACGUGGCUGUGACCAAAAAUCCUGCUGAAGUACCUUCUCACUUCUUCAAACCAGAUACAUGAAACCACAGGUCUCACGGGGCCUAGGAGAACAUGGUCAGUUUGACCACAGACUCACUGCGACUACUUAAAGCUCUUAAAGGGGUGGGGGUGAGCUCACUGAGACUCUUUUAAAAAGGAUGGGGUGAGCUUACAGGGGGCAGCACUGUGUCUACAUAGAGCACUUCAGUACGACCACCUAACAGCGUUUUGUCAGGCAUUGCAGGGCAGGGAAAGGUCAUGGGAAUAGGAACGUCAGCUUCAUUUUGAUGUAAAUUUGAGCAAUUCAAUGUUUUCAGGUUUUGAAUGCUGUCUAUCCUAAAUAUGGGGUUAAUUGUCCUAAGGAUAAUGAUAUUACUAGUGAUGUCCUUAUUGUAUGAUUGAUGAGUAAUGACUGGUGAGAUGAGAGGGACAGAGCAUCUGGGUGUUUCUGGCUUCACGUGCGGUCUUGUGAUGUUGUGUUUAGUUGAAGUGGGGAUAGGGAGCCUCAGUAGGGUUCUCUACAGCCUUACUACAGUCCAGGAUUGUUACUGGAGACCCCCACCCAGGUGGGAUCAAACCAGUCAGGAGUGAAACUUUUAAAACAUUGCAUUAAUAAAUCUCAAAGCUUUAGAACUGGAGUUUUUCCCAUUACGAUGCUUUGGACCAAUCAGGUUAGAGGGAUUUAUAUCCCGGAUGUACGCUUCGUCAGCGCUGCCUAUCAGAUAGUAUAUUGUAUGUUUGAAUAUAGCCCAACGCUUCUGGAAGAGAGCUCCGCUGACAGGGAUGGUCAGGCAGGCAGAUUGUUCUUAAAGAUACAGUGCUGUUCCCUCACAACCUCUCCUCUCCUCAUGAGAAAUACACUGAAAGCUUUAAACAGCUACCAAACCAAAAAACGAGUUAGAAGAUGCAUUGACUGGGGCAAAGGAACGUGACAGAGGGACAUGUUUUCUUUUCUUUCUGUUUUUACUUUUCUGUUAUGUUGGUAGGUUUUGUUUUCCACAUCUACUGUAGGAGGUUAAAGAGAGAUAUACCUCAUAUACUCUGAUGAUAAACCAAAUAGAUGAAAGCUUUUUUUUAAAAAGCAGGGUUCGUGUGGGGAUCAGGGUGUGGGGUGGGGCUGUGUGUACGUGUGUGUGUGUGAGUGUGACCAUGGAUGGCCAGAGCGAGGCUUGGGUCCGGCAGAGUUCAAACGUAAAUAAUUGGGUCAAAGGUCACAUUUCCUGUGCCCCAUCCAAAUCAGGAGACAUUUUGGGUAGCAAGUUGUAUGCCAGCCCUCUCGCUGUGGUUCCCAGUCCACUCCCCCACACACCUCCCUCUCCUUCUGGUCUGAAGAACAACCCCCCGCUCUGUACAGCCCUCUCUCCAUCCCCCUCCUCUACUGCUCCCUCCCUGCUGAAACGAAACACUCUCCAAGUAUAAGUUUUCCAUAGGCACAGAUCUAGGAUCAGCUUACCUUCCUCCAAAUCCUAAUCUUAACCAUUGAGGGCACAUAACACUGGCCUUAGGUCAGUGUCUAUGGAGCAACUUUGUCCUACUCCUUAACACAAAGCUUUAUUACUAGCUAGCCUCUGGGUACCCAGCGUCUUUAGGUGAUUGGCUGGAUGUUGUGUUGUUUAGGUUAUUGACUGGAUGUUGUGUCCGUCAGAGAUGUGUGUGGCAGCGAGCGCAGAGGGGUAGGUGACUGGGGAAGGGCUGAGACUGUGGUCGCUAGGUGACGCAUGCAUACACUCCCCCAAGGUGGAAGUCUCUCUUUCUCCCUUGCACUUUUCUUCUAUAAUGAGGUGUAAAUCAGUUUAGGUCCUCUACGUCCUGGUAGGAUGCUGCUUCUGCGGAUAUCAGGGUCUUAGGGAUCACAUGUAAAGUGUAGGUCCUUUCAGUAGGGAUACCCCCCAAGAGAAUGAUACCAAAGUUUAUGCCCUACUGUUGGAUACGGCACCAUGCACUCACUCCCUAAAACCCUGCUGUUUACCAGUGUCUGCACUGUUGGAGCUAGGAACAUAAGCAUUUCGCUACACCUGCAAUAACAUCUGCAAAAUAUGUGUACGCGACCAAUAAAAUGUGAUUUGUCCAUUCAGAGACUACACCUCUCCUCUAGACUGAGUAGUCACCUGGCCAUAGGCACAGAUCUAGGAUCUGUUAACCUUUCCCUAAUCAUAACUAUUAGUGUAGGCAGAACACAAAACUGACCUUAGAUCAGCACCUAAAGGCAACAAAUCCUACUCCCUCUACUAUAGCCUGGGUCAACAUUAUCACAGCAGAGUUUAGUCUAGUUUAGUCUAGUUUACUCCAGACUUUUGGCAUUAACCAUUUUGUACAUUUGUACAGUCUGAACAUCACAACAUUGACUCAGUUCAUGGAUUAAUUCCUUGUAGUCUCAGCGAAGCACCUCAGCAGCCGUGUCAAACGAGAAACAAAGGAAACUGUGAAAUGUUUACUGAUAGAUGACAGAACAUAGUGUAGAUGUCAAGGCAGGAGAAAGCAAAGGGGGACAAAAAGACAAUAGCAAAGAAAACAAAAAAAGAGGAUGACUGAUAUUCCUUGAACCUACUCACUUCCACACUCCCUCUCUUUCAUCCUUUCUUCUGUCUUCAUUCUCUCUCUUGUACAAUACAGCUUCAGUCCAAAGUUCCUUAAGCAAGACAGCAAAGUCCGAUCGUACAGAAUAAAACCAAAGAGUUCGACAUUCCUCCUCUCUUUCACAGACAGCCACUGCAUCCCUCUUUCUUUCUCUCCUUUUUGUCUAUUCAUAUAUUUUCUGCUUUAAACCCCUGUCACCUAGUAAUCCAGUUUCUGACCUCAGCUAUCCUAAGGGAAAUAUCAAAGAUGAUAAUAAUAAUGAUGAUUAAGAUAAUGAUGAUAAAAAUGUAUAUUUUUAAUUAUUUGUCAUUUCAAAAUUACAUUAAGCUUCUCGUAAAUAUGAUGACGAUGAAGACGAUGAUGAUAAUGAAGACGAUAAUGACGUUUCUCUUGGUAUCUCUGUAGUUGUUCUGAUCCUUUUUGAGUUUUGUCCUUUUCGCUCGUGCUGCCAGAGUAAUUCUGAUGAUCCCAUGAUCCUCUCUGAGUUUGUUGACCCUGUCCUUUUAGUUCUGUCUGUCGCUUACCACUGUCUGUCUGUCUGUAUUCCUGUCUGUCUGUAUUCCAUGUCGCUCUCUGUGUUCGUUGGGCAGAGGGAAGAGCUACAUGUUACAACCGAAAAUGUGAUGUUUGUGGGAGAAUUCUGUACGAGUCGUUAAGGAGAGUUUUUCCAGGGAAUUCCAGACUUCUUUGGAAGGGAUUGUAUCUGAUGGUGGUUUGUGGGGAGGGGUUAAUAAAUGGAGGAAGGAGGGAAAACGGUCAUAACUGCUAUAACUCUUCUGUGGAAAUAAGUCCCCAAGGUGUGUGUGUGUGUGCUUGUGCGUACCUCAAAAUGUAUCUCAUCUGUUAGAUAAGCAACAGGUUUGUAAACAUUGGCUUGAUUGGGGAUUUACUGUUAGUCAACAUGUAGUUCAUUUCCCCCUGUCCGACCUUCACCCUUUGUUGUCUGUUUCCCUAUCUGUUUAGUGUGUGUGUGUGUGUGUGUGUUCAUCCUGCCUCCCAUCAUUUGUUCUACCAUCCUGUGAGCAGUCCUCUUUUCUCUCACUUCUCUCUGUCUCUCCCUCCCUUCGUCCUGUGGUAGCAACUUAGCCUUUUACUGUGUUUAUCUUUAAAACAAAAACAAAAAACAAGAAAAAUAUCUCUGCUUGUUCAUAGUACAGUGUUGUUCAUUUAAAGUCAUUUUUGUAACUGAAAGUGUUUCAUUCAUCCAAAUAAAAACAGGAGACCAAAACUGUACAGAUGA